AUGCUCUUGCAUCACCUCUUUCGUUUCUUUGAACAAUUUACCUAUGACCAUCAACGCCUUUAUGACCUUUCUUCCUUACCAACCUCUUCACACAAUAAUACCUUUUCAAAAUCCCAUCAGCUCUAUAACAACAACAACAAUAAUGAGAUGAGUAUUGACAAUUGGGAGUAUGGCUUUCGUCAAGUAAUUCAUCCACCAAGAAUCUUUGUGGACGGAUAUGCCAACGUUUCAUACACACACUAUCUUCCUGUAUGGGUCAACUCACUCUCCAUGGCCAAUUCCAUCUGUUUUGGAAUUUAUUACAUGUGCAUGGGAAUAUUCUUUUAUAAAAUUAAGAGUAGAAAGAUUGAAUUGAAAAGAAUUCACAAACUCUUGUUUGUGUUGGCCAUUCUAUUUGUGGCCAUUCAAUCAGUCACUCUGAUCGUUCGAGUGGUUUUUGAUGCCAUGCAUUUGUAUGCAAGAAUUUAUACCGAAUCCACUGGUAAUUUAUUACGAAUGGAAUUUCUGAUUGCAUUGAAUGUGAUGGGAGCUUUGACCAUCUUUUUCAUGUUCUCAGACUUUAUCUUUUUAUUUAUUGUCUUGUUCUUUUUCCAAAAGAUAUUUUGGACCACUGCCAAAAUGAUGGGUGCCAUUUCAAACAAAACUCUUUUCAGAAUUCAAAUCAUGCUCAAUGUGACCACAGUCGUCUUUUCCUUCACAAGUUUAAUAAUGGUCAUUCUCGUCGCUCUCUUCUUCUUUUUCCAAAAGACAGAUAUGGUUGGCAAACCUCCAACCACAGGUGUCUAUGUGGGUUGUUUUGUGGUGGUCUUUUCCAUGCUUGUCUACGAUGCCAAUCCUUUCAGGAGACCAAUCGAACUCGAUCAUGACAGAGGUCGCACAUCAACAACAAUAACAACGAACACUCCAAACACAACACGAACCUCCAUCGAUGGAAGAAAAUUGGAACAACGUAUUCAAUCUCCUUUCAAAGUGACAUUUGGUUUAUUAAUGGGAUUAGUCGCUUGUAUUUGUUUUCAAUUGUUAGCAGCAGGAAUUGCCAGUGGAGCAGUAGAGAUUGAUGUUGUCAAGAUGAUUUGGUACUUUUUUAAUUGUUUGGGUGUGUUAGUGUUUGCUGUGAUCAUUUUGUGUCUCUUUUAUCCCAUGUUUGUGAAUACUGAAAUUUCAUUUAAGGAAAUUGAAACAUCGAAGGCCAAUGCUUUAAAGAAUCAUCAUGAACCCGUCGAUGCAUCUUCUUCAAACACCAUGUUGUUCACACGUGUAUCGAGUGUGGAUUUACACACAACACCUUCAUCACCAGUUCUUAGUGGAAAUGACACAAGUGAAUGUAUUUCUGUCAAUGUUGAACAUUAA